AUGGACGCCAACCGGACGCACCUGAUGCUGGACGCGUGGGCGCAGGGACUUUGGUGGAACCGGAGCCUCCUCCUGCCCAACGGCACCGCCGAGGAGGACGAGGAGUGGGAGGGCGACCUGGACGUCAACACGGACGCCUUCUCCAAGGUGCUCGUGACCGUCAUCUACGCGCUGGUGUUCGCCGUGGGCGCGCUGGGCAACUGCGUGACCCUGUGCACCCUGCUGCGCAGGAAGAGCCUGCAGAACCUGCAGAGCACGGUCCACUUCCACCUGGGCAGCCUGGCCGUGUCCGACCUGCUCAUCCUGCUGCUGUCCAUGCCCAUCGAGCUGUACAACUUCAUCUGGGUGCACCACCCGUGGGUGUUCGGGGACGCCGUGUGCCGCGGCUACUACUUCCUGCGGGACAGCUGCGCCUACGCCACCGCCUUCAACAUCGCGUCCCUGAGCGUGGAGCGCUACAUGGCCAUCUGCCACCCCUUCAAGGCCAAGAGCAUCAUGUCGCGCAGCCGCACCAAGAAGCUCAUCAGCGGCAUGUGGCUCGCCGCCUUCGCCCUGGCGGCGCCGAUGCUCGUCAUCAUGGGCCAGGAGGCGCGCCGGGGCGAGAACAUCUGCACGGCCACGGUCAGCCCGCCCACCAUGAAGGCCGUGCUACAGAUAAAUGCCUUCCUGUCCUUUGUCCUGCCCAUGGUGGUCAUCUCUGUCCUGAACGGGCUCAUAGCCAAUCAGUUGUUGAGAAUGUUCAGAGAGGCGGAGCAAGACAACCGCAUCUGCAUCGUCGGCGGCAAUCCCACCAUGCUCAAUGUGUCGGUGGAGCCCAACCGUGCUCAGUCGCUUCGCCACGGAGUUCUUGUUCUUCGAGUGGUGGUCAUCGCCUUCGUGGUCUGCUGGCUGCCCUAUCACACCCGCCGCCUCAUGUUCUGCUACGUGACCGACUGGUCCGACAACCUGUACGACUUCUACCACUACUUCUACAUGCUCACCAACGUCCUGUUCUACGUCAGCUCCGCCAUCAACCCCGUCCUCUACAACCUGGUGUCCGCGCCGUUCCGCCAGGUCUUCUUCUCCACGCUGCGCUACCUGUGCCUGCCCUGCGGGCGGCGCUCCCCCGGGCGGCGUCCCCGGCCCCUCACCCGACACUCCCUCAGCAACUCCAGCAACCACACCAUCUCCACCAACGUCAUCAAGGAGACGGCGUACUGACGGACGUACCGCGCGGUACCUCGGGUGUACCACUUGGACUUUGUCACCGAAGUUAUGUGUUUGGAUUGUUCGGGCGAUCGUUUUUUAUUCGUACGGGACGAGGUGUUUUAUUUUGAAGGGCAAAGUGUCGGACUAAUUUGCGAUACUUCACUCAAUGUAUUAAAAACCGACUUACGAGGAAUAUUGUGUGCACUAGUCGAGUAAGUAAGGACUCCACACAGCAACAGAAUUCAAGAGUUUGUGUACUUGAGGGGACGAAAUGACAAAACAAUGGAAGUAACUUUUGGUUAGUUAGCAUGUUAGCUCGGUACAGGGCUGCCAAGCCUUUGAGCGUGACAGUCAGUCAAUUCAACCCUUUCUCACGCCACACUUGACAUAUUUCCCCAGUCACUACUAUAUAUUCAUUUUUUUCAUGAUAAUACAAAACGCAAAAACCAGUGAAGUUGGCACG